AUGGUCAGUGCUCUCUUUUACACAGGCACGAAGUAUGAGGGUGUGCGGUUUCGAAAGGCGCUUCUAGAAACGAUACCCGAGAUUGAUGCUCUUGCUCACCUCGUAAUACCGACCCAUCCAAAACGAAAGCCUCAUGACCGCAUGCUUCACCACUUCCGGUUUAUCUUACCUCUCCUCACCGCGGACGAGGAUGAAUUGACGCCGCUACACUACUACGAUUCCGCUAUCCAGCUAGCACGGAAUUCUCACCGGGAGCCAACUGAGAAGGUGUUUGAACUCGGAAUGGAGAUGGCUGAUGUUAUCAGGAACACUCUCAAUGAAACUCGACUGGAGAUGUUACAGGGGUCAUCCACACAGUUGAACGAGUCGGAUGAAUGA